AUGCUUAACACAAAUGGCGUCUCGAGAGUUUUUCAGAGUGGUACUGGAGUUGAUAGGGGAGGGGAGGGCGUGAGGAGCGUCGCCCCCGUUAAGGAAGAAUGUAGAUCCAAAAAUGGCGACGCCGACGUUAUUAUCGUCGGAGCCGGUGUCGCCGGCUCCGCUCUUGCUCAUACUCUUGGCAAGGAUGGACGCCGAGUGCAUGUGAUUGAAAGAGACUUGGCAGAGCCAGACAGAAUUGUUGGUGAACUACUUCAACCUGGGGGGUAUCUUAAAUUGAUUGAGUUGGGACUUCAAGAUUGUGUGGAGGAAAUUGAUUCUCAACGGGUGUAUGGAUAUGCUCUUUUCAAGGACGGAAAGGAUACUCGUCUCUCCUAUCCCUUGGAGAAAUUUCACUCCGAUGUGUCUGGAAGGAGCUUUCACAAUGGACGCUUCAUUCAAAGGAUGCGUGAGAAGGCAGCUUCUCUUCCAAAUGUACAACUCGAACAAGGAACAGUUACGUCUCUGCUUGAAGAAAAUGGAACAAUCAAAGGGGUGCAGUACAAAACCAAGACUGGACAAGAACUAACAGCAUAUGCACCUCUGACCAUUGUCUGUGAUGGAUGUUUCUCAAACUUGCGCCGGUCCCUUUGCAUUCCUAAGGUAGAUGUGCCAUCUUGUUUUGUUGGUUUGGUCCUGGAAAACUGCAACCUUCCUUAUGCAAAUCAUGGGCAUGUUGUAUUAGCAGAUCCUUCUCCAAUUUUGUUCUACCCGAUUAGUAGUACAGAAGUUCGCUGUCUGGUUGAUGUUCCUGGACAGAAGGUUCCUUCCAUUUCAAAUGGUGAAAUGGCAAAGUACUUGAAGACUGUGGUGGCUCCUCAGAUUCCCCCUCAAAUAUAUGAUUCCUUUGUAGCAGCAGUUGACAAGGGUAACAUAAGGACAAUGCCAAACCGAAGCAUGCCUGCUGCUCCUCAUCCUACCCCUGGUGCCCUGUUAAUGGGUGAUGCAUUCAACAUGCGCCACCCUCUAACUGGGGGAGGGAUGACUGUGGCUUUGUCUGAUAUUGUUGUGCUGCGGGAUCUUCUCAAACCCUUACGCGACCUAAAUGAUUCGGUUACUCUCUGCAAGUACCUUGAAUCUUUUUACACUUUGCGUAAGCCGGUAGCAUCCACCAUAAACACAUUGGCUGGCGCACUGUACAAGGUCUUUUGUGCUUCACCAGAUCAAGCAAGGAAGGAAAUGCGUGAAGCUUGCUUUGACUAUUUAAGUCUUGGAGGCGUAUUCUCAGAAGGACCAGUGUCUCUACUCUCAGGACUGAACCCUCGUCCAUUGAGCUUGGUUUGCCAUUUCUUUGCUGUCGCAAUAUACGGUGUUGGUCGACUAUUGCUUCCAUUUCCAUCUCCAAAACGCCUCUGGAUCGGAGCUAGAUUGAUUUCGGGUGCAUCAGGAAUCAUCUUCCCCAUUAUUAGGGCAGAAGGAGUCAGACAAAUGUUCUUUCCAGCAACAAUUCCAGCAUAUUACAGAGCUCCUUGUCCCAAGUGAAAGUUACAUUUGACAAAAACCAAAGACAGUAAAAUGCAAGCCGCUGUUCUGUCCGAGCUGAUUGUAAUGGCAUGACUCGCUCCCUUGUUCGAAAGGAAGAGAGAAAAUAAGGGAGGGGUGAAUGCUCCAAUUGAAAGAUGUGCAGUUGUGAACAUUAUAUGGUUAUAGGCCUCUCUCUCAGUCUCUCUUGUGCUCAUAACUAGAAUGUUGAAAAACUACAAAAAAAAAAAAAAAAAUGUAUUUAUUCAUUUGUCUCCUACAUUUCUUCCAUUAGGUUCCCUAGUUAUUGCAUAUUUUGACAAGCGAAGGUGGUCAGCAAUAUUCAUUAGUUAAAAACUCGUCGAAAUCAGGAAAAAUGGAAUACGACAAUAAAAAUAAAAAAAAGAAGAAAAAUGAAAGGAGUGGUGGUUGCAGGCUUGGCUUUGCGCUUAGCAUAGUGGUAAGUUCACCGUUCUCAGUUAAAAAACCAACGGCGUUUAUAUUGCCAGAUAAUUAGCCCACUUUGUGGGGACAAUAGACUUCCAACGAGCACCAUGAAUUUUAUGGUAAGGCCAAAUAUGCCUUUCUUUUUUCGUCUCUUUCUUUUUGCCGAAAGAUAAGAUAUGCCAGCUCUUUUCAGCAUGAAUCCAAGUGUCAACUGGCAACCAAACCAACUUAACCCUGUUAAUUUUAUUACAUAUCCAUUUCUAUGAUUCUUAGUAGACCAUCAACAUUUGUCACUAAGGUCACCAUUUAUGAUGCUUAUUUGAUCUGUUUGGUCUUUUGUGGGGUUCUGUGAUUCGGCCAGGACCACAACCAAAGAGCAUUUUAUUCCAAGGUCGUGGCCCGAAUCCUGCCAUCCACAGCGCCACCAGCAAAAUGACGCGAAUAUAUCGACACCGACAACAUGAUGCUAAUGAGGUUGAGGAUGACAAACUUGAUACGACUAGAUACGACGCGACAUCGCACAAAUCUGGUGCAAGGCCAUGUUGGGAGGCACGCAGUAUGCUAGAUCGCAGCUACUGCCAAACUAGUACUUCGUCACCAUCUGUAACACCCAUGUAAUACGACUCUAAGUUAAUUACGUAGUCAUAUUAUGUAGUAUUUGUUAGGCAAUAUAAGAAUAACCU